AUGGCGGAAACAGAUACCACUGUCUCAUCCACCAUAACAAAGGAGGUCACGGUCGUGUUCUAUCGCACAUCCAGCUCGCAAGAAGAGGAUACCAUCCUGCAAACAGUCACCGUAGACAAAUAUUACGCUUCAGGUCAAACUAUCCCAUACGCAUAUUCAACACUCAGUUCGCAGGGGGGGAGUACCAUCUACAACCUUAGAUCUACGCCUAUUCAACCCGCAGGUAGUCUCUCAAAAAUAUCGGCGACAGAAAGUGCAUCCGCACCGUCAUUCACAAGCACUACCUCCCUGAAAUAUUCCACGGUAACAUCCUCGAGCGAUAUCACACUUCCCCUUGCGACUUCCAUGCCAUUGUCUGAACACCCUUCUGGAACGGAGGCUGCUUCGGAGCAAACACCGACCUAUGUUCCACUUACCACUUUGGUGAGCAAUGAGAAAAGCUCUAAAACAAUUAUUUGCCUCUCAAUUGGUCUUCCAAUUGCCAUAUUUGUUGUCAGCAUUGCUUUGAUCCUAUGGUUCUUCCGUUAUCGAAGUACAGGCCGCCAUCGGAACGAGGGUAAACCACCUCGGUGGGCUGUUCAGCCAAAAACCAUGAAGACACAGCGGCCAAGAUCCUUAGAUCUAGAAAAAGAGCCUCUAGGUAACGAUUAUAAAGAUUCCCAGAUUUAUGACAAUUCUGGGAUAGAGGUUCAGCCUCCACAUGUUCUGACUCCAGAUAAAGCUGCCCUAAACCCAGAAACAUCUGAUAGUGAUACCAUGAUUGAAAAGUACUUGUAUGGAAAGCCAAAUCUAGGUAGCAAACUGGCAGACACGCAAGACAGAACUAAGUGGACUUACGAAUCACCGCUAUCCAGGUGGUUCCUAACAAAAUCAGUAUACCAACCGUUUAGUUCUUUCGAAAUCAACAGCGGAACCACCGAGAUUAAAACGCCUACAGUCCCGCUUAAAACGCUUCGAAUCCUGUCAAAGGUCCGCCGCGAACAGGCACCAAACCCGCAGACAGCGGUAUAUUCACCUUUCAAGGAGGAGCCAGUGUACACGUCUGCCAUGGUAGCAUCAAUGGCUUAUAAUUCUCAGACAAGCGAUUUUAAACCACCAGGUACAUCGGUGACGGAAAAGGUGUCCACCCCCACCUCGAAAAUGACCACUCUUCUACCCUUGCCUGAUACUCCAUUAGAUGAAACAUCAUCAUACAAGGAAAACUCGUACGACACCUCACCAGAGCUUGAACCAGCGCAAUACUCUCACAGCACACCAGUUGUACCCUCGCCACCACCAACAGCCGAUGGUGACUUGUGCGUUGUAAUAAAACCAUUCUCUCCGCGCUUGUUAGAUGAGAUCGAAUUGAACAUCGACGAGCAAGUUCGUGUUCUUGCUCGGCAUACCGAUGGGUGGUGCUUAGUAGAGAAAUGCGAUAGUGCUAAGAGUGCCGACUCUGACAGUGACAAUAUAUCCGCGCCGAACUAUCUAAACGAACGGCGAGGUAUUGUGCCACAGAUGUGUCUUAAACAUGUCUUUAACGGUGUUCACUAA